ACCAUGCCUCGCAAGGUCAAGUUCGUCGCGACGCCCUCGGAGUUGUCACGGAUACUCGCACACCUCAAGAAAGACCCACGCCCGCAGCUGCAGAAGGUCAAAGGCCUUAAGAUCACCUACGCUUACCGGAACGACCACUGGGGUACCAGGCAUUUUGUUAAAGAUGAGCUGCCACGGAUACGGUAUGCAAACCCGAGAAUGGAUAUCCAGGUGAACAAGCUGCCGAAGACACCGCAGGACGGCUGGAAGCCUGAGCUGACACUGGAACUUCGAGACGGUUCUACACAAUCAUUGGAUGUGGACGGCAAGUGGUCGUCUACCAUCUUCACCGAGCUCAUGGACAUUGGCGGCGGUUCUGGCUGGGAAAAGUGGAAGCAGGAGCGCAUCGCUGCUGGCCUUCCCGUUGUCGACAUCCCGAAGCCCAAGCCAAAACCUCAGCCAAAACACUCGUCGUCUGCUACAUCGAACAAGUCCUUGCCGAAUCCUUUCGCACUCGCUGACGACGAACCACUAGUCAUUAACCCAGGGAAGACCGGCGCCGCCGCCGUCCUGCCCUAACCCCCUUCCUAUCUACGCUGUCUUUGGCUAUAUUAUAAUUAGC